AGGGGCGGAGCAAGAGGCCCCGCCGGGGCGCCCAUAGGGCCGCUCUUGGCCACAGAGCUAGGAAAGGGGGAGCAGCCCUCAGGUCGGGACAGCGGGACCUCUCGUUCCAAGUGGGCUGCGUUUGCUCCCCUCUUCCCUUUUCGUCUCUGCAUUCUUUUCUCUGCUGUUUUGACCAUAGAGGUGCCAUAGAGAGGCAGAGCGGCCGCCCCGCUCCACGGUCAUAGAGCGCAAAGCGAGUCCUCCCGGCCGGCGGUAAUGACGUCACGAGGGGACGGCGAGGAGGGGCCGUUCCCCGGUGAGGCCCUGAUCCCCGCCUCCUCCGUAACCUUGGCAACGCGGGGCGGGAGCAGCAGCCGCUCCCCCGCUGAACUCCCGGAGGGGAGGGGCGGAAUGACGGAGCCCGUCGGGUUGGGCGGGGCCCCGGGGGUCGCGGAAGCGUCCUUAACCCUUCCUGUGCCGGCGCGGCCUCCUCCCUCCUUGGGGCGGCGCCAGGAGCCUCGCAGAGGUCGGUCUCGGAGGGGGGGGGAGGCGCCGAGGCCUCGUUCCGGGGACCCCGCCGCCGCCUGGGCGAAGAAGGAGCCCCGCCAGCCCCCGGAAGCUCAGAGCCGAGAUCGGAGGAGCCGGGCAGCCGCCCGCCUAGGAUGGAUCCAGCCCCGUUCCCUGGCCGGAGAUGAAGGGGGCGAAGCCCGCCGCCGCCAAGACCCCUGGCCGGGAGGAGGGGGCGAGGGAAGGUGAGGAGGGGGCGCGUGGUGCCUGGGGAUCGUUCCUCUCUCGCGGCCGCUUGGCACCUUCCUCCUCCGGAGAAGCCCAGAGCGCCUUUGCCGGGUCGGGGGGAGGCAUAGUUUGCAUGAGACAAUGGAAGAGGUGGAAGGGACUGCCAAGGGUCAUGCCUGCCAACCCCCUGCCAUGCAGACAUCAGCCUGCCAUAAAGCAUCCCUGGCAGAGGGCCACCCAAGCUCAGAGUGUACCAGGUGACGUUCAGGUACAACCUCAGCCCCCUUAUCUAUAAGCCUGAAAGCGUCUUAAAUCAGCACCCUUCCCUCCAACGGGGAGCUCAUCUUGCUUGACUAGCCGAGGGAGCCAACGUUUGUCCGCAGACAGUUUUUCCAGGUUAUGUGGCCAGCAUGACUAAGCCGCUUCUGGCGAAACCAGAGCAGCGCACGGAAACGCUGUUUACCUUCCCGCCGGAGUGGUUCCUAUUCAUUUACUUGCACUUUGACAUGCUUUUGAACUGCUAGGUUGGCAGGAGAUGGGACAGAGCAACGGGAGCUCACCCCUUCGCGGGGAUUCGAACCAACGACCUUCUGAUCUCAGUGGUUUAGAUCACAGCGCCACCCGCGUCCCUUAUUCUUCGAUAGGAGCUAUUAAUUUGCAUGUCACUCCAGGACACAAAGGCAGAGAGCAUAAGGAAUCACAGGAUGCAGCUUCUGACUGCCAAUCCCAGGCCUGUCAGGUCCAUUCAGAGGCUGCUCAUGGGAAAUGCUGACUUCAAAUGAAUUGGGUCCCAUCUAAAGAUAGGGAGUUUGGUUAAAAAGGCUUCUGCUGGCUGAGUCUCUUAAUGACCCUUUUCCGAUAACCUUUCAUGAUAACCUUGAAAUCCUCUUGGGAGCCUAGGAAGCUGCCUUUCACUGAGCCAAACCAUCAGGUCCUUCUAGCUCAGCACUGCCUGCACUGCAGUGGCUUCUCCAUGGUUUGGGGCAGGGAUCCUCUUCCUGGAGAUCUCACUGGGGGCUGAACCUGUGAACUCCUGCCCUCAACAGUGCUGGUCUCUCAAGAACUAGAAUCUCCUGGCACUUUUAAUGUGAUUUGGCAUUCCUUUAUGAGAUAUACUCAGAACUACUACUACUACGUGCCUAUACUGUAGUUUUGUUUUCACCUUUUGAUUUUCAACUGUUAAAAUUGUUCUCUCUCUUCUACAAUAACAAUAACUAAAGAAGUGUGCAUGCACACAAAAGCUCAUACCAAUAACUAACUUGGUCUCUAAGGUGCUACUGGAAGGAUUUUUUAAAAUUUUGUUUCAAUAACAAUAAUAUUUAUACCCCUCCCAUCUGGCUGGGUUUCCCCAGCCACUCUGGGUGGCUCCCAACAGAAUAUUAAAAACACGAUAAAGCAUCAAACAUUAAAAACUUCCCUAAACAGGUCUGCCUUCAGAUGUCUUCUAAAAGUCUAUGCAUUCUAUGCAACAGGGACGUCCAACUUCCAAGAGGCUGCGAUCUGCUCACAGAUCGACCAGUAGAUCGCAAUCGACUUGUUGUACGUGCUUGCUAUACAUUAUAGAAUGAAAUAAUAAUACAGUCCUGUACAGUCCUAUUAUCGUACAGUCUACGAACAGUCCUGUUAAUGAACUAUUCAAGCAACGAACUCCGCAAAACCGGAAGUAGGUGUUCCAGUUAGCGAACUUUGCCCCGGAAGCCGAACGGUGGAAGGGCACCGGUGGUGGGUGGCCUCAGUAGGGAAAGCGCACCUCAGUUCAAGAGCACUUUCGGCUUAAGAACGGACUUCCGGAAUGAAUUAAGUUCAUAGACCGAGGUACCACUGUAAUAAAUCCCCACCCCCCAAAAAGCACACAUUUGUCUCAGUCUCUCUUCUGCUCUUAGCUGGGGAUUCCCUUUCCAAGGCAAAGCACAAGCAGGAAAACAAAGAUGCAGGCGAUGACAAGGAUCUCCCCCAAAAGAAGCAGAAAUCUGGUGAGUGGAUUCUACUUUGGUUCCUUUCUCUGGGCCCCUGCACGCUCCUGGCUCUCCUGCAAGGAGCGGGGCUGGAGACCCCCUGCCCACCUACUCAGCUCAGUUCCUCCUGAUGUGAGGGGGCUGCCCAUCCCUGUCCCUUUGCACUCUACACUUUGAGCUUUGCUGCUCCCAAGUGAUGAGAGCCUCUCAUGAACUAUUCAUAUUCCUGUGUGGGAGGUUGAGCCCAUGUUGGGGUGGUCACUUCCCUUGGCCUCCAUCUCUCCCCAAGGUUGUUGGUGGGGUGUUCUGGGUUGUGGUGGAGGGUAGAUGGUCCUGGCUGCAGAGGCAAACCUUCACUGCUGUUUUUCCUUGUCCCAGGGAAAUGGCAGCAGAUGGGGCAACAGCCUCAUCUCAAGCCCAAAGGUGGCCAUAGAAAAAGAGACACACCGGUAUAUGCAGCAGGUAAAACAGGACCCCGACAUCACAGCUCCUUGGUGAGGACAGAAGCCAAGAAACCAGGGCCACCGUCCUCUGGACCCCAGGACCUCUGGCGAAGGGGCGGGGCCUCUUGUCUGCCCUCCCUGUGUGCAGCCAGGAAUGGCGCAUAGCUGAAGAAGCAGGCAGAAGAGGUUGUUGGGGUGCAUUACUGGGUGGGGGUGCAGAAAGCUAGUAAGCGUGACUGUGUCCCUAAGCAUAGAAAGAAGAGCCCUGCAGCAGGUAGGCCAGCCCAAGAUGCCCCAGUGGGAUGCCCACAGGCCAGGUGAGAGGGCUGCCCCACUCAGGACCAGCCAGGAACCUUAAGAGGCUGAGUCAGCACCUUCUUCUCGUCCACCAGGCAGCCUGGAAGAGCACUGGCAGCUGGAGAUCCUGAGCAGAGGCCGCGUCACUUGUCCCACCUGCAGGGCUGUUGUGAGGAAGACGGUGGAAGGGCUGAAGAAGCACAUGACCAACUGCCAGCAUGUGAGCAGACGGGGGGAUGGGACCUUAUCCUUUUCCUAGGCAAUCCCUGGGGCUCCUUCCAACCCUGCAACUCAUUUUCAAGUCAUGGGGCGUAACAGUGUCAUAAGAAACCUGCUCCAUCAGGCCAAGGGAGGCCCACCUCGUCCUGCUUCCUGUCUCCCACAUCAGCCAGACAGCCACUCCUGGAAAACCCCCAGCAGCAGCUCCCCCCACACUAACCCCCAGCCUGCCAGCAGCUCUUGCUCAGAGGUGAACCAUUUCACCCUGGAGUUCAAGGGGAUCCUGCCAGCCCCUCUUCUCCCCCGCAGCCCUUUGGGGUCUCUCAUGGGAUUGCUUGCAUGGUGCUGCCCAAACAAGAGUCGUUGUUCUUGGCCAUUGAGACUGAGGGUUCAGUGAAGCAGCUUCUGCUCUGCAUGUCUGCAUGAGGGGGAAGCCCCAAGGGAGCACCCAGGGCCCCCGAAUUACUUAUUUAUUUUGUAAAAUUUAUAUACGGCUUGUUUGUAAGACAAAUCUCAAAGCAGUUUACAAAAAAAGGAACAGUGAAAUUAUCGCUAAAAAUUUAAGAACCAUAAUUUUUAAAAUGCAGAAAUUAAACUCACAGUAGAAUAGAGCAGAGCAAGUCAGUUUCCGGGAUGGGGGGGGGGGGGAUGGACGGACACUUCAGGCCCCAAACUCCAGGAGCAAGGACUAAUGGGAGAUGUUCCCACAGCCCGUGCUGCCCAGAUGCUGGUGGCUACUGCUGACAUGUGCAAUACCUUGUGGUCUUCCUAGGAGAUGCUCACAUGCCACCGCUGUGGGAAGCAGCUGCGGUCUCUGGCAGGAAUGAAGUACCACAUCAUGGCAGACCACAACAGCCUGGUAAGUAGAUGCUGCGCGCCCACAAGAACGUGUCUGGCUCCCCGGAUGCCUCAGGCAGAUGCUUCAGUCCCUGGAAGCCCAGCCUGCUGCCUGCCUGUAUAUCCAUCCCCCCUGGGCCUUGUUCAGAGCCCUCUGGGGAGCCUCUGGCCUGACCCAGCCUGCCUUGACUCCCGACACGGCAACAGUUCAGCCCCAGCAGGUCUUCCUGGGCCUUUGGCCCUUGGGUCACCUGCAAGCACAGAUACCCAAGGGCCAUCUAGUCCAACCCCUGCAACACAGGAAUCACAACUGCAUCAUUCCAGACAGGGGGCCACCUCUGAUGGAAAAUCUCCAAGGAAGGAGAGUCCACCACCUUCCCAGGGAGCCCGUUUCACUCUCAAAUGGCUCUUGCCUCCAGAAAGGUCUUCCUGGGCUUUAGUGGGAAUCUCCUUUCUUGCAAUCUGAAUGCCUUGGUUUGGAGCGUCUCUGGCCAGCCUUUCCCUUCCCUUUUACGCAGCCGGUGGGGACAGAGGAGGCGGCCUGCGAUCUGGGCGAGAGAGAGCGCUUGCGGAGGGUGCUGAAGCGGAUGGGGAAGCUCAAGUGCCCAAGGCAGGUGAGAUGGAGCAGCCUCUGGCCUUCCGGGGAACCAGAGCAGCCCGGGCCAGGCUGGGGCAGGGGCCUCAGACCGCCUCAGGCUCCUCUCGGUGAAUGCAGGGCUGACUCGCCACCUUCCAGCUGGUGGUGGAGGGGAGAUGCAGAAGCUCCCCCCCCCCCCCCGAGUUGGCUCCCCUCCUUCCUGGGAGCCUGCGCUCCUCUCUGCCCCCCUCUCCUCCCCCAGGGCUGCACAGGCAGCUUUACCAGCGUCCUGGGCUUCCUCUACCACACGCGGAAGUGCGGGAAGGAGGCUGCCGAGCUGGAGCAGAUGGCUCUGAAGUGCCAGCACUGCGGCAAAGCCUACCGCUCCAAGGCGGGCCUCGCUUACCACCUGAAGAUGGAGCAUGGCCCGGUGAGUUGCCAGUGAGGAGCAAAGGGGGCGGGACCUCUCCCCAUCUCUGGAGCACUCUGCAGAGGAAGCCCCUGUUCCUGACUGACAGGCAGGUGGAAGAGGGGGCGGGGCAACACCCGGAGAAGCCACUGCAGGCCCCCUCCUCCUCUUACGGGCUGGGCAUUGUCACCUGCAGAGAGCCUUUGCUACCCCUUUCUGGCAGUGGCAGGCGUUGGCCAAACAUAAGAACUAAGAGGAGCUUCUAGAUCAGGCCGAUGGCCCACCCAGUCCAGCCUCCUGUUCUCACAGUGGCCAACCAGAUUCCUGUGGGAAACCAGCAAGCAGGGUCUGAGCCCAAGAGCCCUGAGCCUCUCCUGCUACGCUUUCUGGCCACUGGCCUGCAGAAGCAUUGCUGCCUCUUGACUGGAGGUUAGUCAUCAAAAGCCCAGCCCUCCGUAAAUCUGUCCAUUCCUCUUUUAAAGCCACCCACCUUGGUGGCCAUUGCUGCCUCCUGUGGGAGGGAGUUCCACAGUUUGCACUUUUAGUUUUACUGUCCUUUUAGUCUUCGGCUUCAUGGAAUGUCCAUAAACUCCAGCGUUGUGAGAGAGGGAGAAAAAAACAUUUCUCUAUCCAUUUUCUCCAGGCUUUGCAUAAUUUUCCAAACUCGUUCCAUGUCCCUCUUCCUCACCUUUUCUCUAAACUGAAAAGUCCCAAUUGCCUUUCCUCCUUUUGGUGGCCCCUUCUGAGCAUCACUCCCUGUGUCCUUCCUGCCAGAUCUCCUUGCUGGGCCAGGACAUCCAGCCGCCCCCCCCGAAGGAGGUGGCAAGCGCAGAGCCCAGCAGUGGAGGCCGCCGGGCUCUGAGGAAGUCUGCCCUGGCAGCCGCCCACCACCUGCAGGAGGCCCUGGCCAAGGAGGCCCUGGCCAAGGAGUGGCCCAGGCGGAAGGUCUGGCAGGACCUGGUUCCCGAGGACCGGAAGGUGCGGCCGUUUCCUCAGAAUCCAUUUGGCUCUGGGAGCAAGAAGAGUCCUGGUUGACCUCAAGGUUUCUCAGGGGGCAGGAUGCAGCAAGGGAGCACUUUCUCUCGAGGAGCAGAGUCUUUUGCAAUGGGGGGCCCCACGUUGUAGAAGCCCCCGCCUCAGGAGGCCUACCCAGCCUGCUCUCUUGCAGCUUGCAGGGAAAAUGCCCAAAGCUUUUGGUCAGUUUGAUUUUUUUUUGUUACUAUUGUUGUCAUCUAUCCAUCUUGAGAGACAAAGGAGUGCACUUCUAGGGGUGAAGUCAAACUACUGCAUUAGCAGCAGUGAAGUGAGCUCCUCGGGGUGCAAGCCUGGGCAGUGUGUCUGGAGGUCCUGGGCUGCCCAGACAACAAGACCCACCCCCCUCAGCCUCGCUUAUGGGGUCCAAAGGAAAGCAGAGCAAGACGCUUAGCAGUAGCUUGGCUUGUUACUACAGGGCUGAGAUUUUGUAGUAACAGCUAUUUUAAGGCUUGACAUUUUGUCUAACACUGGAAUGGAGUUGAAGUCUUUUCAAAGUACAGGUGCAAAUGGCUGCACUUCCCCCAGGGGCCAGGAACCCGAGAAGCAGAAGAGGCUGGCUGGGCUCUCAAGGAAGGGGGUGUCCCUGGGGCUCAGGAGUCAGGGUGCUUUGUCCCUGGUUAGCUGGGUGCCCCAGUCGGCUAGAGCACGGGGGGCCUGCUGUGGGAGUAGCUGAAGGCAGCAGCCCCUGCUCCUCACUCUGCCUUCCGGCUCUGCUCUCUUCUCUUCCUCAGCUGAAAUACACCCGCCCAGGAUUGCCUGCUGUCAGCCAGGAGGUUCUGAGCAAGUGGAGGGCAGAGAUCAAGGCGUGCCGACGCGUCCGCUGCCCAAACCAGGUAACGGGACGGCUGGGCAAAGCUUGGGGGAUGCCACCAACUCUCCUGACGGGACAAGGGCAGCAGAGCUCCUUUCUCCUUGCCCCCAAACACUUGCAGCGGAGGCUUUGGGGGGCUCUUCCUUGGUGUUCAGCUUCCCAUGGAAUAAUCUGGAGGCCCCUCCCUCUGCCCUUUUGCAUCACAGAGGUGCAGAGUGGGGAGAGCCCCCAAGUAUCUGAGAGGAGACUAAGAGCUGUUGCUGCCAGGAGCCUCUGGAUUCCCUGCUGCUUCCCAGAGGCCCCUCCUGCUUUCAGUCCCCUCCAUCUCUGGGGCGUUCCUGGGUGGGGAGGCCCACUGACCGCCCUUUCCUGACUCUCGCCUUCCACCACAGGGCUGUGAGUGUGUCUACAGCAGCAUCUCGGGCCUCAAGUCCCACCUGAGCAGCUGCAUCUUGGUAUGUGCCAGCCUCUCCUUAGGGCUGCAGGAUGUGUGUGUCUGGGGGGCUUCUGCUGCUGCCUGCCAUUGCCAAACCACCCCUGGAGGCAGACAUGGAUUCACCAUCACCAUCUCUGCGCCCCAACUGGCAGAUCCCUCCCUCCACAGGGAUGAGACACUUGCACUUAAAAUCGGGGGGGGGGGAGACCCUCCUCCUUCCGCUUUCCCCCUCCUCCUCCCCGCUGUCUUCCUCAAGUUCUUGCUGCCAGAGAUUCUAAGGCACAUUUCCGUCUCACUGCAGGGGGAGUUUGUGGCUGGGAGAUACCGGUGCCUGCUGUGUGAGAAGGAGUUUGUGUCCGAGAGCGGAGUCAAGUACCACAUCAACACUGUGCAUGCGCAGGUGAGGAGCAAGGGGGCUGCGGGAGUGCACAUGGACCCAAUCCAAUGCCACAGACCCUUCCACUGCGCCCGCGCCCUCACCGGGGUCUGUGGCCAUUGGCCUGGCUGAGCUUGGGCUGGCGCUCCCCCUUCCUCUCGCUCCCACCUCCUGCCUCUCCCCACCCCCAGGACUGGUUUGCUGUUGGCACACACACCGCCAGGAGCUGCAAGAAGCUGCUGAAGCAGCAGCCGGAGGAGGCGGAGCAGAAGAGAGCGCCCAGGAAGCCUCCGCCCAGCGGGAGCCGCAAGAAGAGGCCACAGGCUGCUGCCUCCCCCAAGAAGGCCACACCCAGGCAGGAGGCAGUGGGGGAGCAGGGGCAGCAGCACCCUCUCAAGGCCAGCUGCCCCCAGCAGGCAGGAAGUGGGAGCUGUGAGGAGGAGGAGGAGGAGGAUGGCCCUCCCGCUCUGAAGCUCAGCCACAGGAGAGGGAGGGAGUAGCGGUCCCCCUCUGGUCUCUCAGGGUGGGGGGGGGGGCGAUUCAUAGAAAGGAAGGGGAUCCUCUGGCCACACCCCUCCUUGCAUCCUGCCCUCCAGCCCCCCUCAGGCGGCCUUGGCUGCUCAAGUGACUGACUGGGGAAGCAGCCCCACUCCCCCCAAUGCUCAGCAGGGUUUACUUCUGAGGAGGCACUUCAAGGACUCUGGUCCUCCCCAGGUGAGGCCACACUCUCCAGGUGAGGAGCCACCAGAGGUGGGACUUCUUUCCUGGCCUCCGUCGGGCAGGGGGUGAGCUGUGCCCCAACCCCCGGGAGUAAACUGGGCACUGCAGACGGAGCGUCGCUGAAAAUAUUACGAUAGCCAAACAUUCACGCAUUCCAAGGUAAUUUUUACAUUAAAUUAGUUAUCAAAAACCAAAAUUAGCUACAUGAAAAUACUAAAAUUGUGAAUAAAAGUUUUAUAUAAUCCUCUGGGU